UUGUGAUUUGAAAAUGUGCUGGUCUUCCGAAUUUAUUGGUAUAGUUAUAGUUAAAAAUAUUUUAAAGAAAUGAGUGACAGAGUGAUAGCACUAUUAUAUUAUGGAUAUGUUGAAUUUUCUGUUUUUCCAGUCGAGGUGAUAUCUUCGAUUUGCCUUCUUCUAACGAUCGCCGUGUAUAUUUAUGUGAAGAAGCUCCAAAAUGUGCUCGGCAAAUGCCUGAUCUGCACCCUAUUUUGUUUGCUCAUGCUUUUUAUUAACUUAAUGUUGUUAGAUUUACUAGACGACAUUGAUUUAUUUACAGCUUUCAGCUUCUAUUUCUUUGGCGUUGCUUACAAUCACUGGCUUUCUGCUAUCAGCUAUCAUUUAUGGAAAGUCCUAACUACGGUUCGUCACGACGAGCCUCGCCAUCAGUUUUUGAAAUACAGCUGCAUUGUCUGGGUCACUGCAUUAAUUUUAAGCGGACCUGGUCUGUUUCUGCUUAAUUUGGUACCUUCAAAAGCUUUUACCAUAUGGUUUGCUUCGAUUUUUUUUGCAUUUCUGAUCUCAAGCAUCUUUAAUACGAUAAUGUUUAUUCUAACAAUCGUUUACAUUUGGAAAGUUAAGAGGGAAAUAAAGAAGUUUCCACCAGUGGAGGAGGCGAUGAUGACGACUUGUUCCAAUUUCGACACUCAAACUUAUCUGCAGUGUCUGCGAAUCUUUUUCAUAAUGGGCGUAUCCUGGGUCCUGAAAACAAUAGAUUAUAUAAAGAUUUUCAUCGAUUUUCCAACCAACCAGCCGACUGGUUUAGUGGUCAAAUAUUUUCAUAACGGAUUUGGUAUUUUCGUUUUUGUUCUGCUCGUUCUUAAGCGGAGCACUUUAAAGAUGCUUAAGGAGAGAAUUCAAGAAAGUCGAACGAAGAAGUGCGAUCGCAAUCAGGGGGUAGCAAAUAUCUAAACCAAAAGUACAAAGC